AUGGUCUUAUGCAUUCCCUGGCUCUACAUCAGUUUGGUCGGUCGCACCAUCGUCUGGGCCAUCACUUGCGGCCACUACGGCUUCGGCUACAUGGUCAGAACUGAGCUUGGGGAACCCAACCCGCGUUCUGCAUUCAGGGCCCUCCGUCAAGGCUUCGGCCGGGUCCGCAACAUCUUCAAAUCCGACACGCACUCUGACCAUUCCAAUCGCCGUGCCUCCAUCGACCUCGAAGCUCGAGAUGACCUCCAUCAUGAUAUCCAAGAUGAUAUCCGCGAUGAUCUCCAACCCGCUGCGAGGAGGAACACAUAUCAUCAAGCCCUGGCUCAAAUUGCGCAAAACAACCCUCGUGGCAAUGGCGAUGUCAUCGAACUGAACACAAUUUCGACCGUUCGCCAGGAUAAUGAUGGGGACAACUUGACCUCUGAGGCAAGGAAGACGGCUGAGGCGGAGGCCAAUACUUAA